AUCACACACGCAUACACAAUUAGUGAUUCGAAGAAACUUAGAGAUUCGAUGCUCUUUUACAAAACUUAACAAUACCUGGUUUUUAAAUUAAAAAAAAUGAACUUAUUCAAGCUUUUUUAUUUUUUUUUUUUUGUGACGAAAAGUCAAAGUAAUAAAACAGUUUUUAUGAGUGAUGGAAAAUUAAAGGUAGUCAUUCCAGCUAGAGCUUUUUGUAAAGAUACGGGUUCUUAUUUAGAUUUCGUUUUAAGAACCUGCGUUAAAAUAGAUAGAAGUCUUCGUCAAGAACCUCAAUUUUCACCUUGCCCUCCAAAUACUAUUUUAAACAAUCGUGUAUGUUAUGGUCGACUUGAAUCUGAAAUGGAAAAUGGAUGUCCUCCCAGUUAUGAAACAAAUGAACAUGGCCAAUGUAUUCGUAUUAUUACUUAUGCUCCUGUUGAGAAAAUAUGUCCCGAUGACUUUGAAUUACAUUACGAUAUGCGCACACAAGUGCGAACAUGUCGAAAGAAAUCAUGGGUAAAUCCCCUAUACACAAUAGAAAACUUACAAGAUUCGACAGUAGCAAUGUCAUGUAAACAAGAUGUCUUUGGAAAUUGUGAAUUGCCGUCGGAAGUUCGUUGUCCUACAGGGCACCGCCUUAUUUUGAACCCUCCAGAGUAUGUAAGAAAUUCUAUGAUAGGUAGAAAACAAUUAAAUCAAAAAUUUCCAAAUGCACUUUGUUUUGGGCAUAUUAUAUUACCACCCGACUCAACAAAAAAAUGCAUUAAAACGUAUCGCUGGUCCAAUAAGUUAGCUAGUUGUAUGAAAUUACUCGUAUUAAAACCCUCACAGCAAUGCCCUCGACCAGAUAUUCAUAUAGGAUAUGGAAAAGGAGACCGUAAAACUCCCUUUUUUCAAUAUGAAGAAGAUUGUCAAUGUUGUGUUGCCACUGAAAUACCUGCACUUCAUCCUCAAUGUAAUCCUGGUUGGGCUUUAGAAGGUCUAACUUCUUCAGUAUGUGUACGUAAACAAUAUUUUCCUAUUGUUUAUGAUUGCCAUAACGCUCCUGGUUUUUCUCUAAGAUGGGAUCAAGACAAAAAAGUUGGAAUUUGUGAAAAGGAAAUUGUUAUGACAUUUUAUACUCCUGGAUGGAAUUAUUUAACAAGACGAACAAAAAUUGAAUCAAAUUUUUUGCAAAGCGGAAGUUAUCCUUGGACUGUACAAAAAGCUUUUUGGGACACAGAGGAAAUGCAAAAAAAUCAAAAAAAAGAAGGCGAAGCCUUUGUGGAACUAGAACCUGAGGAUAUAAAUUUGAAUGUUUUAGUUUCAAAGGUCAAUUUUUCUGCAAAUAACUUUACGAAAGAAGAAUUUGCAUACGUCAAACAAAAUAGUGCUGCACAAAAUAUUCCUAUUGAUUACGACCAAAAUGAAAAAAAAAAAAAAGAAAUCACACAAGCAUUUGAAACAAUAUCCAUUGAUCUUAUACCAACUUCAGAACCUGACCUUGAUGAUGAACGCUUAGAACGUUCAAUUGCAUGGAAGACAUCGGAUGCUUUUCACUCUGAAUUACCGUAUACUCGUCAAGAUUUGUUAAAUCCCCGAUCUCCUGGCUCUUUCUCGGCUUCACCAGCUUCACAUAUGUCUCACCAAUCCAAACUUCACGUAUAUUCUAGUAAACGAGGAAUUUUUUGAAGGUUAUUAUAGAAUAGAAAAAGAAGUCGUAGAAAAAUAGUUUUUUAUAAUUUUUUGUCAAAAUACGAAACUAUUAAAAAAACAUAGUUUUAGUAAAACAAGUUUAAUGAACAAUUAAAAAGACUUUAAGAAUUAUUAUCUUUUAGAACAAGUACAAUAACUCCACUAAUCACAACAGGUACUAAAAAAAAAAAGGAAGAGCAUUUUCAUAAGAAGCAGUUUUUCCAAGCUGACAGUACGGUUUUAAAACCUAUUCUCAAAGCCAACAAGUAAAGUGACCGAUACCGCACAAGGCAUCGUUUUAAAAUUCACAGUUCGACUUCACAGUUUAUUCGUCAAGAAAGUCCUAAUCAAACGAAGACCUUGACUUUUAUAGAAGCAACCCAUGAGAAGACUACAGUUUCCAUCUCUACCUAGAAUUGUCCUGGGCGAUUGACUAGGAAGU